AUGGCCGCGUGUAGGGACCGCGUCCGCCUCCAAGGCGCCGGGGAGAAGGGCGCCUCCAACGGGGAGGUCGGCCCGCAGGACGCCGGCAACGGGACCCUCUUCCCCCCGCCGGGCUCCCCCUCCAAGGCCGCCCGCGUGCGGGGCUGCCUGCGCGCCAACCUGCUGGUGCUGCUGACCGUGGCCGGGGUGCUGGCCGGCGUGGCGGUGGGGCUCGGCGUGCGGCAGGUGCCGGGCGGGCUGAGCCGCGCCGGGAUCCUCGCCUUCUCCUUCCCCGGCGAGCUGCUGCUGCGCCUGCUGAAGAUGAUCAUCCUGCCGCUCGUGGUCUGCAGCCUGGUCUCCGGCGCCGCCAGCCUGGACCCCGCCGCCCUGGGCCGCCUGGGGGGCUGGGCCAUGCUCUUCUUCCUGCUCACCACGCUGCUGGCCUCGGCCCUCGGGGUCAGCCUGGCCUUCAUCAUCCGGCCCGGGGAGGGGGCCGCGCCGCCCAGCCUAGGGGGCGAGGGGGACGGCGCCGUGCCCGAGGCCAAGGAGGUGGCGGACUCCUUCCUGGAUCUCAUCAGGAACAUCUUCCCUUCCAACCUGGUGUCGGCGGCGUUCCGCUCGUAUGCUACCCACUACAAGCUAGUGGUGAUCAGGAAGAAUGUCACCGAUGACCUGGGAGUCUUCAAUGAAACCAUCACAGAGGAGAAGGUUCCCCUGGGAGAUGAGGUGGAAGGGAUGAACAUCCUGGGUUUGGUGGUUUUUGCCAUCGUCUUUGGGAUCGCUCUGCGGAAGCUUGGGCCCGAGGGGGAGAACCUGAUAAAGUUCUUCAACUCCUUCAAUGAAGCCACCAUGGUGCUGGUCGCCUGGAUCAUGUGGUACGCUCCCCUUGGUAUCAUGUUCCUGGUGGCUGGCAAGAUUGUGGAGAUGGAGGACGUGGUGGUCCUCUUCACCAGCCUGGGCAAGUACAUCUGCUGCUGUGUCUUAGGGCACUUCAUCCACGGCUUCAUCCUCCUCCCAGUUAUCUACUUCAUCUUCACACGCAAGAACCCCUACAGGUUCCUCUGGGGCAUCUUCACAGCGCUGGCCACUGCCUUCGGCACCUCCUCCAGCUCUGCCACGCUGCCGCUGAUGAUGAAGUGCGUUGAGGAGAACAACGGCGUCUCCAAGCACAUCAGCCGCUUCAUCCUGCCCAUCGGGGCCACGGUCAACAUGGACGGGGCCGCCCUCUUCCAGUGCGUGGCGGCCGUCUUCAUCGCCCAGCUGAACAGCAUCCCGCUCAACUUCAUCCAGGUCAUCACCAUCCUUGUCACAGCUACAGCCUCCAGCGUGGGGGCAGCGGGGAUCCCUGCCGGUGGCGUCCUCACCCUCGCCAUCAUCCUGGAAGCCGUUGGGCUGCCGACCAACGACAUCUCCCUCAUCCUGGCUGUGGACUGGCUUGUGGACCGCACCUGCACCGUCCUCAACGUGGAAGGAGACGCCUUUGGAGCCGGCCUCCUGCAGGUGUACACAGAGAGGACAAUGGGGAAGGCUGAAGCCGAGGAGCUGGUGGAGAUCAAGACUGAGGACUUGGGCCCCAGCAAGGUUCCGGGCGAGGAGGAAGGCUCCCCACUGAUCAAGAGAGACGGGCCCGUCCCGCUGGCUGCCAUUGGCUCCUGCGAGAAGGAGUCUGUGAUGUAA